CCCUCCGCCUGCCCCUGUGCCACGUACGAGACUGAGUUCCUUCGCCUCUCUUCUCUCUCUUGGGUUAAAAGGGGAGGUAUUUCGACGCCGAGAGAGAUAGAAGAGAAGGAAAGAACCACCAAAAUGAAGCUAAAAGGAACGAGUGCCACAUAUGUAGCGUGUGUCUUGUGCGCUGUCUUCACCGCUGUGAUGUUGGCUCCAGUAAAUGAACCGAAACAGCUUGACCCAAGUUUGCCUCCGGCCACUAUCAGUAAGAGUGCAAAUAUGGUGUCGUCUGCCCCUACAAAUCCUAGUGCUUCAGGGGCUGCUGACAAACCAUUGCCUAGUAAUACGGACAACCAGCAGCCUCCUGGGAAUUCUGCUCCAACGGUGAUAGGUCCAAGCUCUGCUGAUAACCCUCCUGCAGAAAAACCAUUGUCCACUGUGGCUGUCAAACAAAAUGUAGAGAAUGUAGUCACAACUGUGGCCCAAGAAACAGUUGUAGGUAAAACUGAGCCUCCAAGCCCUCAGUCCCAGUCGCCAGACCCAGAAGCUAGUGCCAAAAAGGAUGAUGCUGACCAAGGACAAGGCCCACCACCACCACCCCCACCAUCACCAUCUCCUAGAGAGAGUGAGACAGAGAAAAAGGGGGUGGAGGAAGCAGCAGAUCCCUCCAGCAGGGCACCCCAGAUGUUAGCGGGUGGAAGUACUGAGGCUCAGGGAGGAGAGGGUAAGGAAGCCAACCCUCCUCCGAUACUCAGUGAGAGUGCAGUGGUAGAUGGAGCCAAACCUGAGGACCCUCAAGCUUCUCCAAUCUCGAAUCCAGAGGUCCCUCAGGAGACGGAGACUAAAGCCAAUGAAAUACAAGGGCCAGCUGUUAUAGAACAGGCACAGGAGUCCCAGCAGACUGCUGACCUGGCAAAGGACUCCCAACCAAGUACUGCUCCAUCAAACAUUGCCCAAAGUCCACCUGUUGAGCCCCCACAGUUGCCUGAGCAGAGUGUUGCUGAGACACAGGAACCAAAGCCUGCAAAUGAAGAAACACAAAAGCCUGAAGUAUCUGAAGUGGAAGCACAGGCACCGAAGGAACCAGAGCAACAGGCAGAAAACGCACAGGACUCUGAUGCAGUGGUGGAACAGCCCAAGGAGCAGGAGCAAAACGCCAACGAGACACAAGAGCAGCCAGAACAACCGGCAGUGGACGAAGAAGCCAAGGGAUCGGACACAGAGGACAAUCUCAUCGAAGAGAACAUCAACAACGAUGAUGAAAAUAGGGAACAGUACGAAAAUGAGAUAGCUGUCGUGGAUAAGCCCGUGAACGACUACUCGUAUACGAUGGACAGCUCUCAGCAGAGCUCCAUGGCAACCGAUAUGCAGGCCAAUAAUCCUUCCUUCAAUGACCAGCUAGGUGAAGAUAGUCAAGACGACAGAGAGGUCAUCAUCAGCAACGGAGGAAAAUUCACCGACGACGAGGAUUCCCACUUCUUUGCGUACUUCCUGACCAUCAUGGUCUCGGCCAUCAUCUUCUACUUGGUGUUCCAUAACAAGCAACGGAUUAUCGCGCUCAUCAUCGAAGGCCGCAGCCCUGGGGAAAGACGAGGCCGCCGGUCGUCCUCCAGAGGGAAGUACCACAAGCUGGACAACAACCUAGAGGAGGCGAUCACGGCCACCAAAGGCGCAAAGAGACACUGACAAGGGGUUAACAGUUUGGAAGUUUGGGCAAGCCUCCACUGCAACGAGCUGCCAUGAACACAGGCAUGGAUUCUUGGUCCCUCUUCCCUUUUCAUCUUCCUCUGUGGUUUUGAUUGUACCUCGUACCCUGUUGGAUUUAUUUCCAUUUAUUCCCCGCUUGCCCGUAUCGGUGUCGGGCGGUGCAAGAUGUUCUUUCCACGGUUGAGCUUUCCUUUGCACUGGUGCUGUGGUGUGCUUGAGCCCCUUCACUCCUGUAAAGCACGUUGGUUCCCCUUCGUGGUAUCCUCUGUAUGCAGUGGCACUGUGCCUCUUGAUUCUACAUUGGGAUGCCUGCUUCAUCCUGGCAUUUGUCUACCCACCACGUCCCGUAGAGAGGCACUUAUUCAAUGGGUAUUUCAGUGGCAUAAGUAGCAUAGUGCUUUCCUUUUGUUUCUAUUCUUGUUACCCAUUAGUCUAUAACAGCUCUUCCUACUGCAUCACAUUUUCCCUCAAAUAACCAAAGUAUUCAUUCAACUUUUCUUCUUCUUCU